AAAAAGAAGAUGUAGAAGUAACAAGAAUGCUUGCACUUGGUAACCGAGCUCUUUUCGACAUGACAGUUCCAGAGACACCUGCAAGAAUUGUUCUUGGGGGUGGGGAUUCAGAACAAAUGUUGAGACGUAUGGAGCAGGCUGAGGCUAUUAAACAGAAGCUAGAAUUCCAAUUCUUCCAGAUAAAGGAUGAGCUAGAGAAAACGCGGGUCAAGGUAAACUCGUUCAAAGACACAGAGGAUGAGCUGAGGGCGGAGAAUCGUGAUUUGACCUCUCGCCUGAAGACCGAGCAGAAGCUAAUGCACGAGUACAAAAGUCAGGCAAACACUUACAAUCACUUGCUGCGUUCAGCUAGAGAUCAAAUGGAUCGUGUUCUUUUUGACAUCAACAAGCAGUUCGACAAAGAAAAAGCAAAACGAGAGGCUGAAAAGGCUGCAGCUGAUGCGGAGAAGAACAAGACAGAGGAAGAAGCUAACAAGCAGAAAGUGGAAGAAAAGGAUGAUAAAGUCGAAGAUGGCGCAAAACCUGAAGAGAAAGAGUGGGAAGUCGUUGACGCUGUCUGAUCCUGGAUACUGCAUUUAUUGUUAAGCG